AGGUUGGGGGAGGGGUGCCCAGGCCUUUGUGAGGUCAGGGGGCGGCGGCGGCGGCGCGUCGUUGGCUUCUUCCUGCCGGUUUGAACUCAGUAGUCCCUUUAAAAAGUGUUUUUGAUUAAAUCGUGUGAACAACACUUUUUCAAAAUGAGCACCGAGAGUGAACUUGAGAAACCGGAACCUGGGGAACCAGAACUCGAGGAACCUGGGGAACCAGAACCCGAGGAACCUGUGGAACCAGAACCCGAGGAACCUGAGAAACCAGAACCCGAGGAACCUGAGAAACCAGAACCUGAGGAACCUGUGGAACCAGAACCCGAGGAACCUGAGAAACCAGAACCUGAAAAACCAGCCACCAAGAUAUAUUACUGUGAGCUUUGUAAAGUUCCAUGUAUGAGCGCUAUGAUACUCCAGACGCACUUUGCUGGAAUGAGACAUAAAAAGAGAGAAAGAGCCCUGAAGAGAAAAUGUGCUCCAGUGAUAAAUGAAGAACCACUGUCUGUAAAGAGACCACUUUCAAAAAGCAUAAGAUGUCUGAAAGAUUACAUGAAGGAUCCCAACAGAGAAGAGCCUCUUAUAGGUUUGGAAUAUGUGCUCGAGGUUCGAUUUCAAGGGAGAAGAGAUCCUUGUUAUGAAUGCCAGCUGUGCCAGUUUAAUACAGAGAUAGUGCCAAUGAUAGAACAUCUCAUUGGCCAAAGACACAGAAAAGUAUAUCUUAUGAAACAUUUUCCAGAUAAAGGAAAGAGAAACGCAAAUGAUCCUAAAGAAGACAGAGUUAGAUUUCUUAGGCGAAUAGCAAGAGAAGUAGAGAAGGAAGAAGGUUUAAAAAUGUAUAAGGUUGAAGGUUAUGAGCGACCUGGUGCAACUUCUUCAGCAGCAAAGAAGAGAGCAAGGUGGUCAGGUAGUUUCAAGCCUGAGAAUGACCCAGUUCUGAGACAGAAAGCUCUGGAAUACAUGGACUUCUUUGAGAUAACAUCUGACACUGAAGCAACUCAAGUAAUACGUAUUGCACAGUCUUUGUCAGAAGCUUUGAAGGGUUUUUGUGAAAAGAAAGAAGCUCUCAAGCAUAUUAAAAGCCUCCCACCACUGAUGGCACCAGGAGGCAGAAAUACAAAGAAGCAAAGACCUAAUAAACCACGCAAAACCUUUGAUGAUAAUCCAGGAGAUACGAAGUGGACUCAAGAGCAUACAUCUAGUGGACUUGCACAGUCACAGGGCCUAUUGGGAGAAGCUCCAAGUGGACUUGCACAGUCACGGGGCCUAUUGGGAGAAGCUCCAAGUGGACUUGCACAGUCACGGGGCCUAUUGGGAGAAGCUCCAAGUGGACUUGCAAAGUCACAGGGCCUAUUGGGAGAAGCUCCAAGUGGCCUUGCACAGUCACAGGGCCUAUUGGGAGAAGCUCCAAGUGCUUUAUAUACCCGCCAGAUGAAGGAGAUGACAUCUUCCUAUACAGUGAACUCCAAUUAUCUUGCAACAAUGUCUGCCCUCAGGAAAUCACUUGCUCCUCAGUCAGGAAACUCUCCUGGUGGAAUAAGUGAAUGGAUGAAGCAGUUCAGCCAAUCCGCUUCUGCUUCUUUCCAGUCUAAUCCAGUUAGAGAAAAAUCUCUCUGCAGUACAUCUUCACAAAGCAGUUACCCAACACAGUAUCCCCAACAAAGCAGCACUCAAAAACAUGAUAACAGAAUGACAGCUACUGAAAUAAGAAGUUGGAAUAGUAUGAGGGAUUUCUAUUCUGCUACAAGAGAUUAUCCAGCCAGUAGCCCUUCAAAAGAUUUUCCCUCUUGGUAUAAUAAUGGGAAUAAUAAUCAAAUGGCUGUAUCUCUUCCUGCGGCAAGUAAUAGUCUUGGCUGGCCAAAAUCAUCUGGAUACCAACAACCAAGUCUCCAAGCUGAUGGAAAAGCCUAUCAGCCUCCCUUUUCUGGUGGCAGUUCAUACAAUGCGUAUCAGCAACAGAACAUAGAGCAGAAUAACAAACCUACUGGUCUGUCUUCUGACAUUGUGAGUCAGCUUCGGGGAAAGGAUCCGGCUACUCUGGCAAGGAUGCUUCAGGAACUGGUUCCCCACUAUCCAGAUCUUCAGAAAAUUGAUAUUUAUACACUAGCCCAAGCUCUGAGUAGACUCAGCUAAGAAUGAAUAGGAAGAAAUGAAGAUUCUCCAUGACAAAGCGAAGCGACUACUUAGAUCUGGCCUUGUAGAAAGUUUCCUGUCUAUCCCCAAGACGAUAUUUGUUCUGUUAUCUAAAAUGAGCUGUAGAGGUAUACAUGCUGUUUUAUACACACUGUUUUAAGACCGGCUGCUUACUGGUAGGAAGUGUAAUACCUUUUAUUAGGAACAAACUAACUGACACAAUUUGGUCAUAACAAAAGGCAUUGCAGAGAUUUCUUGUCUUUGGAUUUUGUGUGGUCCAAUAUGGCUGUGUAACCUUUUCAUUCCAUACUAAACCAAGAUAUGUUGUUCUUCAAAGUGUCUUGAAACCCCUGCUGUUUCAAUUUAAACUCUGUUAAUAAAACAACUGGAUGUGGCUUUGUUAUACUAUGUAAGAAUAAAGAUAAUUCUUCCA